AUGGCUAAUCAAGGAGCAACAAGACCCAACAGGCCAAACACUGGAAAUAAAAUGUGCCAGUUCAAACUGGUACUUCUAGGAGAGUUUGCUGUUGGCAAAUCAAGCCUGGUGCUUCGCUCUGUGAAGGGCGAGUUUCAUGAAUUUCAAGAGAGUACCAUUGGAGUAAAAUUUGAAAUAUGGAAUACAGCUGGCCAAGAAUGGUACCAUAGCCUAGCACCAAUGUACUACCAAGGAGCACAAGCAGCCAUAGUUGUGUAUGACAUCACAAAUGAGGGGUCCUUUGCAAGAGCAAAACACAGGGUUAAAGAACUGCAAUGGCAAACAACUCCUAAUAUUGUGAUAUCUUUGUCAGGAAACAAGGCUGACAUAGUAAAUAAAAGAGCUGUUGACGUCCAGGAAGCACAGUCCUAUGUAGAUGGCAACGGUUUAUUAUUCAUGGAGACAUCAGCUAAGGCAUCAAUGGAUGUAAAUGAAAAAUUCAUGGCAAUAGCUAAAAAUUUACCAAAGGAUAAACCAGAGAAUCCAGGCACAAACAUGGCCAGAGAACGAGGAGUAGAUCUUACUGAUCCUGCACAGCCAGCCAGAAGCCAGUGUUGUAGUCACUGA